AUGUUUUACUUAAAAUUCAAUAUAAUAAGAUUACUUUUCUUAUUUCGAUCGAUUUUAUCAGUAUCAGCUACUGGUUUCUAUAAGCCUGAUAUUGCAAUACAUUGCUCAUCAGAUUCACAUUGUCCCAAGGAGUGGCCUUGUUGUUCACAAUACGGUGAAUGUGGGCUAGGCCCAUUAUGCGUCACUAAUUGCAAUCCUAAGUUUUCAUUUAAACAGGACAGUUGUAUAGCUAUGCCAGCCCUAGUACCUCCUCUAUUUAUAAAUUUUGAUUCUGCUUUCAAUUCAUAUCCUAUACAUAAGAGAGAUACUUUAGUGGAAAUUGCUGGUCCACCAAGAUUAAACCCAACAGAUGGAAUCACAACGUCUUCAGUUGAUGAAGAUUUAAAAGCAAGAAGGAUCAUAAGUCAUGCCGAUUUCUUGGUGACACACGACUCUAAUGAAGCUGAUAGAAUGCUUAAAAGUUACGAUUUUACUCAUAGUGGUUAUACUAGUAUUAAUAGUGACACAGGUGAAUUAGUGCUUGGUAUGCCAAAAUAUUCAACUGGUUCAAGCUUAAAAGCAUCAAAGGCUAUACAAUAUGGUAAAGUGUCAGCAAGAUUGAAGACUGCAAGGUCUAGAGGUGUGAUCACUGCUGUUGUGUUGAUGUCUGCUACUGGUGAUGAAAUAGAUUUUGAAUUUUUAGGUAGCGAAUUGAAUUCGGUGCAAACCAAUUAUUAUUCUCAAGGUGAAUUGAUUUAUUCAAAAAUGCAAACACAUCAUAUCCAAACAGACACCAAUCAAAAUUACCACACUUAUGAUAUUGAUUGGGACUCUGAAAGAAUUAAUUGGGUAAUAGAUAAUAAAAUUGUUAGAACUCUUUAUAAAAGAGAUACUUGGGAUCCAAUUGAUAAGAAAUAUAAAUAUCCACAGACACCAAUGAUAUUUGAGGUAGCUAUAUGGCCAGGUGGUUCAGAAGAAAAUUCCUUAGGAACUAUUUCAUGGGCUGGUGGUUUUAUUGAUUGGGAAAAUUCCCCAGAUAUGUCAAACAAUGGUCAAUUUCAUACUGUAGUAAGUAAUCUUUUAGUGAUACCUCAUUUCAAUAAGUUCGUUCCACAAAUUGAAAAAUGUUUGGGAUCAAAAUCAAAGAAAGGUAAAUCUGGCCAUCCAGAUUAUACAAAAGUAUCAUAUGCAUAUAAGGGAAAAAAGCUAAACUCUUUUGAUGAGAGUUCAUUGAUUACAAAAUGUGAUAUUGUUCCGCACAUAUCAAAUUAUCAGAUCCAUGAACAAAUCCCACAUGAGUUUCCAAGUAAUAGAAACCAGAAAACAGGCAAUAGUAGUCAACCAUUAAAUCCAAAUUCUGAAAUUAAAACAAAUACCAAAAUAAAACAUCCAAGAGCUACCAAAACUGAUGUCGCAAAACAUCUAACUAAGAAUAGUAUAUUAAAAGAUAAAAAAAUGAUAAAAUCGACACUAAAGAUAGGUGAUAGAAUUGAUCCAAUAUCUGAAACAAAGAGUUCAUCAACAUAUGACAAUAUUUCAUUCCAAAAUAUUACCAUUACUGAUAAUGUCCAAACUCAAACACACUAUCCUACCAUUAAAACGACACAAGAGGAAAAAGUUCAAUUAAGUGUCCAACCAACAAAUGAGGUAAAAACUGAAACAACAACAGAGUACUUUUUAGAAUCAUUUGUAAGUUCUGCAGAUUUCACCUCUAAUGAAUCAAUAAUAAUAACUACUAAAAGAAGAAGACAUUUCUUACGCCAUCCAAAAUCUACAACGACACCAAGCAUUUUACCUUCAUCUAUUUAUGAUGAUGAAGAUGGCGAUGAAGACCUUGAUGAGAGAUCACUUGGUCUUUCAUUAUUGUAUCAUAGGAAUCCACUCUCAAGAAUUAGACAAUAUAUUAUAUAUUUAAUAAUGAAUUUUAGAUAA